UCUACGGCUGCGGCGGCGUCCCCCCGAGGGAACCCCCGCUGCCUCCCUUCUCCCUCCCGCCCCGUGGCCCCUGCCCCGCGGCAGCGCCGGGCGGGGAGCGCGGGGAGGUGCUGCGCUCCGCCCGGCCCCCUCCAGCCCCGCUGCCCGCCCCUUGCCAGCCCGUCCUGUCCAGUGUCCCUGUCCCGGGCCGGGCAGCGGCGAGGGGAGCGCGGGAAGGAGCGAUGUCUCACGGGGCGCGAGUGAUCCGAACCGGGGUGAGCAGCGCGGGGCCCGCUGCCCCGCCGGGCUCCACCGCCGCCUCUUCCUCAGCGGGCUCGGACGCGGAGCUCAUGGACGGCGCCUAUUUCCGCUCCUGCGCCGGCAUACUGAAGGUGGCCCAGAUGCAACACGCCCUUGUAUUCAGACAAACUCAUGUGAGCCCAGAGCGACGCCAGUUUUUCGAAGCACCAAGUGGUAUUGUCUUGAUAAUGGUAGCUGGUGGCAAUGAAAGAUGUGAGAGAACAAGGAAGAAACAUUUCAUCAUUUACUGUAAUAUCAAGGGCUGUUGGCAGUGCUUGCAAGCUAAAAAAAAUCAUGAUGACAACAAUAUGUUAUGGAAAUCACACAAAGGAAAUGGAAGAUGCAGCUGUUGUUCUGUGCAAAAGAUCAUAACAUAAGGACUGAAAUUCAGCAAUCCUGGACAAGAUGAAGAGAUGGUGCAGUGAUCUGGUGAUUACUGAAUUUUUGCUAAUAUCCAAAUGUUACCAAUGCUUUCUCUUCAAAUCCUGGGUUCUGUGGGGUCUGGCAUAGAAUGAAAUUAGGAAGUAAAACAUGUUUCUUGUCUGUAAGCCUGCACUAAUUCCUGGUUUUUUGGUUGGUUGGUUGGGUUUUGUUGGUUUUUUUUUUAUAAUUUCUUUAACCUUGCAAACAUAUACUUUAUGCACUGAGUGCCUGGGUUUCUAAUGCUUUGGAGUGGUCUGUAAAUAUUUUGAGAUAAAAUGGAGGAGAAAGCAUAGUUCUGUAACUUCUGUAUUUUACAUGGUAGUAAGACAGUUUGAAAGCUGUAUUACUAAUGUUAUUAGGGGCUCCAUUUUCAAACUCUGGUUUUAACAGGAGUUAAAACUGGUUUUAACAGGAAGUUGUGAAGUAUCUUCAACAUCUAACCCACUUCACCUGGUUUAGCUUGAUGGUGACUAAUGUAGCUUUUGUCUUGUCUUUCUUUAUUUUCUUCUCCCCACUUUUAUUUUCUUCAUCUCCUCUCCCCCCCCCUUAUUUUUCUUUGUCUGCUCUGUGUCCAUGCUACUGCUGGUUAAUUUUAUUGUAAGACUUUCUAGGAACAUAUAUUACUUACCUUGGCAAGUUCGCAGUAGAUGGGUUCCUUGUAGCCUUUUGGGGCAUCAUGUACACUUAGAGACAGCAGUAUGAAUUUGCAUGUGUAUUGUCACCAGGGUGGCUUGAGGGGCAGUGUUCAUAGGUUGAAGGAAGUCUGAUCAGCAGAAUUUCUUGUGAAGCCCUUACAUACCUUUUGCAUUUUUACAGCUGAAGUCUGGAGGAUGCCACAGACACUGUACUGGACUAGGUCCUGCUUUCGGUACAGCCCAUGUUUGACACUGGAGCCUAUAGAGGUAUCCCCCCAUCUUAGAAAUCUGGCUGGUAGGAAUAGCUGUGAUUGUAUCACCUGUCUAGAGGGUUCGAUGCAGAGAUUUGACAGACUGAAAAGACAGAAGUGUUGAGAGCUCAAAUGUAGAAGCAGAGCCAGCACAGCACAUGCUUGUGGGCUUCUGAAACUGUUCUUGGACUUUUUUGCCUUUCUUUCACCUCCUUCAGGUUGGGCCAAGCUAACUUGGACCACUGUUCAGAAUGAAGGUGAUUGUUCCCACAGUGACACUGUUGUUACUGAGCAGACAAUAGUUCUGGCACAGUAAACACAGCCUCGGAACGCAGGGUGGCUGAAGCUAAAACCAGUGCUGAUUUUUUCAGCUCAGA